UAAAUAAAAUAAAAUUAUUAGUCACCACCGCAUGCCCUUGUCAAAGUCUCUUGUUAUAUUCCUCUGGACCAAAGAGAACCUGAUGACUUCGAAUCCAAUCAGAUUAUAUCCCAAGCCUCCUAUUCCUCUCUAAUCAAAGAAACUGAGGGCAUUGUCGCCAUUUUAAAUUUGCAGUUUUUCUUCACCACCUGGAAGCCCCGAAACGCCGCUCCACUUUUCCGCCGUUUGUCUCCUCUCAUAUUUUUUUUAGGCACUCUAGUCGACUUACCUCCGUUUCUUUCUCUCCACUUCUCUAAGCGCGUGUUUUUCACGCUCUUCAACGCUCGGUCACUCUCCUACUCUGUUCUUUCCCUUUUGGGUUUCUUCCCUCCUUAUGUGUUCUCUCUAAAACCCUUUCUAGGGUUUUGGGUACUAAUUUUCAUCACUUAUACUAUGCAAUUGCACAAAUACAAUGGUUGAAAAGGCUAACGAAAAGCACAAGAAGGGCUUCAUCAGCGAAGCAGACAUUUCCUUUGUCUUGCAAAGAUACACAGCAAACACUGUGUUGGCGCUAUUGCAAGAAGUUGCUCGGUCUCCGGGAGUUAAGCUCGAUUGGAAUGCGUUAGUGGAGAAGACUUCAACCGGGAUUUCUAAUGCUAGAGAGUAUCAGAUGCUUUGGAGACAUUUAGCUUAUCGCAACCCUUUGCUCGAAAAAUUGGAAGAUGGCGCUCAACCUUUGGAUGAUGAUAGUGACUUAGAGUAUGAACUGGAAGCUUUCCCAGAUGUUAGCAGUGAAGCCUUGACUGAGGCUGCUGCAUGUGUAAAAGUAUUGAUUGCUUCUGGUUUGCCAAGUGAUUCCAAUCUCCCAAAUGGCUCGACAGUGGAAGCUCCACUGACAAUAAAUAUUCCUAAUGGUCAGUCUUUUAGAGCUUCAUCAGAACAUUCUCAGCCUGUUUGCUUAAUGCAAGGAACAAACAUCACAGUUCCAGUAUCGGUUCAGAAACUGCCCCUACCUAUGGCGACAACUACAGAAGGAAUUCAUGGAUAUCAAUCAGUAAGUAGCAAAAUGCCUGCUCGAAAGAAAAGAAAAGCCUGGACUCCUGUAGAGGAUGUAGAAUUGAUUGCUGCUGUGCAGAAAUGUGGUGAAGGGAAUUGGGCAAAUAUCUUAAAAGGAGACUUCAAGUGGGACAGAAAUGCUUCGCAGCUAUCUCAGAGGUGGAAUACUCUUAGGAGGAAAAAAGGUAACAUGAUCUUGGGAGCCAAUUCGUCUGGUUCACAACUAUCUGAAGCACAGCUGGCAGCUCGUCACGCUAUGUCCCUUGCCCUUGAUAUGCCAGUGAAGAGCAUAACAUCCUCUACUGUUGAGUUUGAAGCAGCUGGGGCGCCUUCAAAUCCUACUGCUAAUAACUCCGGGCUUCCCACUUCAAGUGCUGAAGCUUUGCUGGGUGGUAGCAACAGCUUUGUGCAAGCCCAAUCUCAAUCUCAACAAGUCCCCAAUCAAACAAAAUCUUCUCCAGUUGCAUCACCAGGGUCUGCAGCAAAAUCUCGAGUAGGAGUAGCCCCUAAGAAAAUACCGGCAAAGACCAACUACAGUACAGAUUCAAGUUUAAGGGCUGCUGCAGUUGCUGCUGGUGCUCGUAUUGUUACCCAAUCAGAUGCCGCAUCAUUGCUCAAGGUUACUCAGGGGAAGAAUGCAAUCCAUAUCAUACCAUCAGGAGUUUCAUCAAUCAGACCUUCCAUCACUGGUGGUGCCCCAGCCCAUUCAGAUGCUUCUCCAGUACGCUAUAUACGAACGGGCCUGGCAGCUGUAUCACCCAAUGCUGCUGCCACAUCAAGUGCCUCACAGCCUAGUUCUGUUAAAGCUGCCUCACCAAGAGUUCAGCAGAAUACAUCUUCUGAACAGAUUAAUGCUGUCAAAUUUAGUCCAGCUAUUGAACCUCCAUUAAAGCCAGAAGUUAAAGCUGAAGAAGACAUCAAAGUUUCUGAUUUAUCCAGUGCUAUUGGAAAUGAACCUAGCAAAGAAGUUCAAGCAGAUGUACCAGCCAUAGAAAAACUGGACUCAGGAUUACAACACAAAGCAAUUAUUGCGGAGGAUCCAGAUUGUUCUAUGAAAAAGGAGGUAGUUGAGAAUGACCAACUAAAUAUUGGUGAUAACCAGGCUGAAGGGAAUCAAAAUGAAAAUGUCAAUAUUGUGGUGGAUUCAAUGGUUAAGGAAAAUGAAAAUCUAUCUGCAGUUGAAGAAAUUUCGAGCUUCUGAACCUUGACAAGAAACUGGCAACAGAUAAAUGUAUUCGAAAUCUGGGGCCCUUUAGCAAAAUAAAGGUCAGUGAUGAGAUGCAGGGACGAAGAGAAAGAUAAUCUUGUCCAAAUUCGCUUGACUUUUUUGUCUUGGCGUAUGGUUCUCUUGUUUCAGUAUAUUGUAGUGUAAAUUUCUUUCUCAAGGAAAGGUACGAAAAAGUAUAUGAAAGUAUCUUUGUCA